AGCAAGAGAGGAGGAAAAGACCAGCGAAUCCUCACCAGCAGCGCUUAGGUGCGGGGGCUGAGGGGCUGAGCCAUAGUCGCGGACCCGCACUUCUGGCCUCCUCGCCCUCCCCAGGCCGCGCGGCCGCUUUUGCCUCUCGCCCCUCGCUCCAGCGGCCUUCACAAGUCUUGACAGUUUCCCCAGAAGUGGCUCCGGCGCGGGAGGACAGCUAAAGGCUUUACCGGACGCCGAGCCAGCCUUCACGCCCCUCACUCCCACUGGCCCUCCGAGACCCAUGUCCCCGCCCACCGGCGCGCCAGGCCCCGCCCUCACGUCGCCUCAGUUAAAGAAGAAGAGCUGGCGGGUGGGUAGCUGCGUGAGUGUCAGUCUUUACCUCAGCUGGCGCGAGCCAGCUCCCUCACUUCUGGGAGCCAUGCUGAGGAGCUGCACCGCGGGACUUCGCUCGCUCUGGGCCCUGCGCGGCGGGAGGGAAGGCGUGCCCCGGCCAUCCACGGACCUACAACCCGCGCCGAGGUUGUUUUCUGCUGAGAAAGUCAUUCAUAAGGACUGGGCUCUCCCCAACCCCAGCUGGAGCAAGGACUUAAAACUCCUUUUUGACCAGUUUAUGAAGAAAUGUGAAGAUGGUUCCUGGCAACGUUUGCCUUCAUAUCGACAUACAUCUACUCAAAUUAGAGAAGACUUCAAGACCUAUUUCCUUGAACAAAAGAAGGUUGUGAAAGAAGGACGACUAUCACAGGUCCAGCUCUUCACCAGAGGCUUUGAGGAUGGCCUGGGCUUUGAAUAUGUGAUAUUCAGUAAUAAUGAUGAGAAAAGGACAGUUUGCUUGUUUCAAGGAGGUCCUUAUCUGGAAGGAAAACCUGGAUUCCUUCAUGGAGGUGCCAUUGCAGCAAUAAUAGAUACUGCUCUUGGUUCAUGUGCAACUAUACCUGGCAAAGUUGUCAUGACUGCAAAUCUCAACAUCAAUUUUAAAAGACCUGUCCCUCUUUGUUCUGUUGUUGUGAUAAAUAGCCAACUUGAUAAACUUGAGGGGAGGAAAUUGUUUACUUCCUGUAAUGUUCGAAGUGUUGAUGAGAAGACUCUAUACUCAGAGGCAACAGGAGCCUGAGUGGAGUAAAGGGUGUCGGCCCAGGGCGGUGGCCCAGCACUGGAUGUCUGAGUCUAAGUAGGGGAAGGAAAGAGUUCACGUGGGGAGCAGCAUGGGUGUCGGAGCCCACAGGGAAACGGCGGCAUCUGCACAGGCUGGGAACCAGGCUUCUCACUUCAGAGGAGUCCAGAUACGGAAAAAGUGCAAAUAAGAAUGAACCAUAUGGUCCUGGAUCGGAGGGGGCGAUGUGGACAUGGAUAUUUUCUAUCUUUUGCUCUUUGCAAAUACUGUUGUAAUCAGUAACUUUGUAUAUUGUCAGCUCUCACAGGGCCUUUGCAAGUGAUGGGUCCUAGAAGUUUCAUCUUCAAUAGUUUCAGACUUAGAAAAGUUAAUUUAGAUAUCCAGUACUUUUUGUUUGUUUGUUUUUCUUUUUAUUUUAAUGGAGCUCAGAUUCACAUGUUUGGGUUAGUCAGAAUUCUUGAUGUAGGAUAUAUACAGUCAUUAUUAGUAUUUACAUGAAAGGUAAUCUUUAACUUACUCAUUCACUAAUGUACUUAUUUUUUCUAAUUUAAUAACAAACAUCUUGAAAUUUUCAAUCAAACAAGAACCAGAAUCUUAAUAAUAUUAUAUCCCUACCUAAUUACUUUUCCCCAUCUCAUCCUUCUGUUUUUCCUUCAGAAGUAACUGUGAUCUCGAAUUUUGUGGUUUUCAUUCCUUUAUACCUUAUCUUUUUAAGUUUUAUUCAGAAUAUAUGUGUGCCUAAGUAAUAUAUUGUUCAGGUGUUUGUUUUUGAACUUUGUAGAAAAGAGAUUGUACUGUAUGUGCUUUUCUGGGAUUUGAUUUUUUUUUUCCCACUCAGCUUCAUAUAACUGAAGUUCACACAGGUUGUUGCUUCUGUAGCUUGUUCAUUUACUGCAGUAUAAUAUUCCAUUGUGUGACUGUACCGCAAUGAAUUUAUCUCCUCCUCUAAUGGUGGAAGUCUGACAGUUAUGAAUGGGGCUACUAUGAACAUUCUUAUUCAUGUCUUCUGCUGGUAUAUAUGGGCAAGAGCUUGGCCUGUGCUUAGGAGUGGAAUUUCUGGGUUGUGGGGUGUAAGAGUGUUCAGCCUUACAGAGGAAUGACAGAUUAUUUUCUCAAGCUGUACAAAUUACAUUCCCACCGGCAACAGAUGAGAUUCUCUUGAUCCCUAUCUUUUCCAGCAAUUGAUAAAAUCAAGCUUCUUGAUUUUUGCCAAUCGAAUGGUUGUAAAAUGGUAUAUCAGUGUGAUCUUAAGUUGCAUUUUCCUGAUAUAUUUAUUAAUCAUAUUUGUCUCCCAUUCUGCAAAAUUCCUAUUUGUUCAACCUCUUUUAUUGUUUUUUCUCACUUUUUUAAUCGGUUUAUAGGAAUUUUUUAUCUAUAUUUUUAUUAAACUAAUCUUUUUGUUGACUGUAUAAGCUGCACAUAUCUCCUAGAAUAUGUAAGUUGCCUUUUAUUUGCUAUGUUAUCUUUUUAUGAACAGAAAUUUUUGAUGUAAAUAUAGUCACAUUUAUUAAAUUUUUUUCCUUUACAGAGCAUGCUUUUGUGUCUUGUUUAAGAAAUUCAUAUUUCCCUUAAGUGUAAGCUUUUGCAGGAAUGAUGGAUAAAAGAAACAGGGGAAGAUCAUGAAUAAUUUGAAUCCACAGUUAAUUUAAAUCCCAUUCCAGGCUGUGAUUUGUGCUUCCUGUCUCACUAAACCUUUCAGUAUCAUAAAGGUACCAGAUGACACAGUUGUAAUUUUACUUCCUUUCACCUUUUUGACUAUCUCUAAUGGAAGUGGUAAAGAACCAUGAAAUGACCAAGAGGUAGAUGACUUGGUUACCCAGGAGAUGCUAAUACAGUAUUGUGAUAGUCAAAAGUUGAUUCUUAAUUUAGCUGAAAAAUAAGAGUACGCAGAUAUCCUAAGAGUACCAAUAUGAAUCAAAGUGCUUUUCUUUGUGUGUAUUUAUAUAUAUAUUAUUAUAUAUAUUAAAUAUAUAUAUAUUUCUACUUAGAGAAGUUUCAUCAGGUUAAAGUCAGUUGACUUAUAAUCAUCUCCUUCUAUUUUGUUUAGGUUUAUUUAUAAAGCUGUAUCCUGAAAAAAGUUUAACAUAAAAGAGCUUCUGGUGAAUUCCAUA